GGUCAGUAUUGUCAAACUGCUGAAACUGUAGUGCAAAGGUUAUGUGGGAUCGCUUGCAAUGCAAUGAAAUGAUGCAGUGCUGGCUAUUAGGACAGCAGGUGGAUUUCAAAAAAAUAUAAGGAAAUGACAUCUCAGUCCACUUCAGAGUUACCCUCUACAGAGGAAAAUGGAACUAUAUCAAGAGAUUCAUCUGCAUCAAAUGAAAAUGUGCGAGUACCUUUGGAAGACUAUGUUCCCUUACCUAUAUAUUCUGUUGAACCUGACCCAUGGGCACUUCCAGAACUGCAGAAUGCAGACGUUAAGUGGAAGGAUAUGGAUACUAAAGGGAAGAUUGUCUCUCUUCUAUUUUCUUGGGGAAAAAUACUUUUCUUACUUGGACUCCUGUACAUUUUUAUCUGUUCACUGGAUGUCCUCAGUUCUGCUUUUCAGCUUGUAGGAGGUAAAACAGCUGGUGACAUAAUCAAGGAUGACUCUGUCUUGAGGAAUCCAUUGGCUGGACUGAUGAUUGGAAUUCUAGUAACAAUAAUGGUCCAAAGUUCAAGUACCUCGACUUCUAUUGUAGUAAGCAUGGUAGCCUCAGGACUGAUUAAUGUCAGAGGAGCCAUUCCAAUAAUAAUGGGUUCAAAUGUCGGAACCUCUGUCACCAGUACCAUAGUUGCAUUAGUACAGGCUGGUAACAGAAAUGAUCUCAGAAGGGCUUUUGCUGGUGCAACUGUGCAUGACAUGUUCAACUGGCUUUCAGUUAUUGUGCUUUUACCAGUUGAGCUUGCCACUGACUACAUAUAUUACAUUACAAAAAUAAUAGUGGACUCCCUUCAUAUUGAAAGUGGAAAAGAUGCUCCUGAUUUACUGAAAGUCAUUACCAAACCUUUAACACAGGCUAUUAUCCAGCUGGAUAAAUCAGUUAUCAGCGGAGUCGCCACUGGAGAUCCUGUUACAUUAAAUAAAAGUUUCAUUAAAAUCUUUUGUAAAACAGUUACUAAAAUGACUGUGUUGAAUGUAACAGUUCCUGGCCCUGAAAACUGUACUAAAGGAUUCUGCUGGACUGAUGCCUAUUUAACUUGGACAUUGAAAAACCAAUCACAAAAAAUAGGUGUUGAAAAAUGUAAUCACAUUUUCGUAAAUACUGCAUUGUCAGACAUUUCUGUUGGAAUUAUCUUGCUUAUCUUUUCAAUUCUUCUGCUCUGCACCUGUCUAAUUGUCAUUGUCAAGGUCCUUCACUCCUUGGUGAAAGGGAAAGUUGCUGCUAUCAUCAAAAAGACCACUAAUACUGAUUUUCCAUUUCCAUUUGCAUGGGUGACUGGAUACAUUGCCAUUUUUGUUGGUGCAGGUCUGACUUUUAUAGUUCAAAGCAGCUCUGUUUUUACAUCUGCAAUCACCCCACUAAUUGGUAUUGGUGUGUUAAGUAUUGAAAGUGCAUACCCACUUACUUUGGGCUCCAACAUUGGUACAAACGACAACUGCUAUUUCGCAGCACUCGCAAGUCCUGGAGGGACUCUUUCCAGUUCACUGCAGAUUGCUCUUUGCCACUUCCUUUUUAACUUGUCUGGAGUCCUCCUCUUCUAUCCCAUCCCCAUCACUCGUCUACCCAUACGUAUGGCAAAAUUCCUGGGUAAUCAAACUGCAGCGUAUAGAUGGUUUGCUGUGGUCUACCUGAUUUUAUCCUUUGUUAUACUGCCUUUAACUGUGUUUGGACUGUCGGUCGCAGGGUGGCAGUACCUGACUGGAAUUGGCAUCCCAUUUAUUAUGUCUGUUAUAUCUAUAAUUGUCAUUAACAUUAUGCAAUCUAAAUGUCCAAGAUUCUUGCCUAACAUACUUAAGUCAUGGGACAAUUUUCCUCUUUGGUUGCAUUCCCUGAAACCCUGGGACAAGGCCAUAACCUUGAUGAUGGACUUGUGCAAAAACAGGUUCUGUUGCAAAUACUGCCACGAUAAAUACUGUAAACUAAGUGGCAUCUCUGGAGUGAAGAAGAAUUCGGUAAUCCCCAUUAAUAGGCAAAAUGCUUCCCAAGGAAACCUGAAAGAGGAUAUUGUGAAAUUUAAAUAAAUUUUUUGAAUAAACACAAAUGUAGUUUAUUGCUAAUCAUUCAAGACAAAGACUGACCUUUGUAGGAUAAAGUAGACAUUGCUAAUUUUGCUAGGCUUUUAAUGGCACACAAAACCUGUUAAGACACCAGAUUGAACAGGGAAGCAGAAAUCUAGCUGUAACCCCAACUUUGCAUUCCUGAGUAAACACUAAAGUAAAUGGAUGAACAGAAGCUCUACCAAAAUUUUGGUUAGCUGUUUAAUUCAUCUGAAAAAAAAGCUGUAAAUCAGAUUCUUCAAUCAAAAAAGAUUCCCAAUUGGACAUUGAUUUUAGGGUUGUAACCACAAACUAAACCCUGGCUAGAUUCAAUAGGCAAAAUAAGGCACCUAUAAUA